AUGAAGUUCUCCAUUGCUGCCCUCUCCGGCCUCGUCGGCGUCAUCAGCGCUGCUGCCGUCCCUGCCUCUCUCCCGGCUGCUUUCACUCUCGUCGCUGACGGUGGCAAGACUGUCCUCACUGACGGCAGCCACGCUUGGGUUGGCGGCGACGUCACCAACACCACCGAGAUCCUCAUCCUCCGCUCUGGAUCCAACGGCAUGGUCAGCUUCACCGGCAAGGACGCCGUGCCCACGGCCUUCCAGAACCUGUACAUCGUCGAGAACAGCGUCUCCCCCGUCGGCCUCACCGUCCCCCACUCGGCUGCGAUCCCCGAGAACGGCAGCAUGAACAAGUUCGGCGUCAACGAGGACGGCUACUUCACCCACGACGGCAACGCCUACUUUGCCAUUGACGGCUACGGCGAUGCGGUCUCCAAGGAGCUCUACUGGUACGGUGCCCACAGCUCCGAGUACGCUGCUUGCAACCUCUGGGUCAAGGAGUGCAAGGGCUGCUAA